AUGCGAGAAAUCGCAGAAGUCCUGGCCAGAACAGCCCAAGAAGUGGGGAGCUCUGCAUCUGCAAGGUCUCCCUUUGCAGAUGCAGCACAAGCAGCUGGAUAUGUGGGAUAUACUGGUGGCAAGCUAGAUGAUGUUGCUGUUAUUGUGUCUUUGGUUCAAAAAAAGAGAUCCAACUCAAGCAUAGAGUAA